AUGGAAACGCGCGCGCGGCACCACCACCACCACCUGCGCCAGCUCCACGCCGCCCUCCUCCGCCGCGGCCACCCCAUCCCGGCGUCGCCGGCGGCCCACCCGCACCCCGACCGCGCCCACCUCGUCGCCAUCCGCGCCGCCGCCGCCUCCACUCCGCGCCUCGCCCUCGCGGCCUGCGCGUGCCUCCGCCGCGCGGGCCUGCCCCCGCCGGGGCCCCGCGCGCUCCCCGCCCUGCUCCGCUCCGCGGCUCGCUGCGACGGUGCUGGCGCGUACGUGGGGGGCGCGCACGCGGCGGCCGUCAGGGUCGGGGCGCUGGGCGACGGGUUCGUCGGGACCGCGCUGGUGGGGGCUUACGCGGCGUGCGGGCGCGUGGGGGACGCAAGGAGGGUGUUCGACGGAAUGGCCGUGCGGGACGUCGUCGCCUGGGGCGUCAUGCUUGAUAGUUAUUGUCAGACUCAGAACUACAAAGCAGCUUUGCUUCUGUUUGCUGAGAUGAAGAGGUCUGGAGUUGUUCCUGACCAAUUGAUCCUUGCUAGUGCUCUAUCAGCUUGUGGGAAUAUAAAACAUUUCAGAACUGGGAAAGCCAUCCACUCAUACAUGUUGGUGUCAGACAUUUUUCUUAAUGCUCACCUCAGUAGUGCUCUCAUAAACUUGUAUGCUAGCUGUGCCAAAAUGGAUAUGGCUGAAAAGCUAUACAAUGGGAUGCCGAGGAAGGACUUAGUAUCAUCAACUGCCAUGGUUUUUGGAUAUGCCAAGAACAGAAAAGUUGAGGUUGCUCGCUCUAUAUUCAAUGGAAUGCCAGAGAAGGACGUGGUGUCUUGGAGUGCCAUGAUAGCAGGAUAUGCUGAAAGUAACCAACCUAACGAAGCAUUGAGUUUAUUCAGUGAUAUGCAUGAGCAUGGUAUCAUGCCUGAUGAAGUUACUGUGUUAAGUGCAAUAUCUGCAUGUGCCAAUUUAGGUUCCCUUGAUAAAGCCAUGUGGAUCCACUCCUUCACCGAGAAUAACGGAUUGACUAAGACAUUACGCGUUUGCAAUGCUCUUAUUGAUAUGUUCGCCAAAUGUGGGGGUAUAACUCGUGCCUUGAAUAUCUUCAAUGAAAUACCUCACAAGAAUGUUAUCACCUGGACAAGUAUGAUUGCUGCUUUUGCUAUGCAUGGCGAUGGAAAAUCCGCCUUGGUUCUGUUUGAGCAGAUGAAAAAGGAAGGUGUUGAGCCCAAUAAAGUGACGUUUCUUAAUUUACUUUAUGCUUGCUGUCAUGCUGGUCUAGUUCAUGAAGGUCGUUCGAUGUUUAGAUGUAUGGUUCAAGAAUACAGGAUUGAACCCAACCAUGAGCACUAUGGUUGUAUGGUAGAUCUUCUGGGAAGAGCUAAACUUUUGCAAGAAGCAGUUGAUCUCAUAGAGUCAAUGCACUUAGGGCCCAAUGUGGCUAUCUGGGGCUCUCUGUUAGCAGCAUGCUGGAUGCAUGGCGAUCUUAAGCUUGGCACAUUUGCUGCAAAGAAAGUUUUGGAGUUGGAUCCCAAUCAUGAUGGAGCAUCUGUGCUUUUAUCGAAGAUAUAUGCAAAAUCUGGAAGUUGGAAUGAUGCUGAGGAGGUGAGGGGAGGAAUGAAACUCCAUGGGGUCUCAAAAGAAACAGGCUCCAGUUGGAUGGUGCUGAAUGAUCCUAAUCACGAGUUUGCAGCUGGAGGUGGGAAACAUCCAGAAAGUGAUAAGAUCCUUCUGAAGCUCGAUGGGAAAGCAAGUUGAUUUGUGAGGUGACAAUAUUAGAGAAAAUGUUCUGCUACACAGCGAGAGCCUUGUGAUUUCUUUCAGCCUGGUAAUUUCAGGAAGGAAGCUUCCGAUGACAUGGUACCCCCAGGACUACCUGUACAAGGCGCCGAUGACGAACAUGGCGAUGCGUGCCAACCUGGCGAGCAGUAACCGGCUGAAGCGUCGCGCUACCACUUCAGUCUCUCCAAUGGUGGCCGCAGCUGGGGUUGCAGCAGAUGAAGAAGAGUGCCAUGCCUAUGCCUUCCUUACCCCUCGCCAUCGCCUGCCAACGAUCCAAGCAUGGUGUUGGUGGCUGUCAAGUCAGGCAUGGACUCCGAAACUUUGAACCAACUGAAGAAGAUAGGCAUCAGACAUGGUGUUGACCUGGAAGAAGACGGCCUUGGUGUGGGGCAGCAUGGGGUCGGAGGCGACAUCCUCGAAGAGCACCUGAGUGAACUCACCGGAGGCGUGGUCCACUACGUUCGAAAUCGCUGUUGGAGUCGGAGGACACCUCCUGCAGAGAGCAGAGUUUCUGACAGGGCUCUUGCAAGGACAUGACAAAUUAAGAACAAGUUCAGAGUGACUGCUCAGAUGCUCUGGACCUAAAACAAUGUAGUUUUACAGAACAUGAAAGAUAAUCUCAAAUCUUUGAGCAGAUAAUGGAUUAAGGGAAGGUGAAUAUGGAUGGAGAAUCAGAUAACCUGAUGGUCACAGUUCCUGCAGGCAUAGAGAAGCACCUUGUUCUCCCUGUCCUCCUUGGGAUACAGUAUGUUGUUGCUGCAUGCAUGCACCCACUAAAAAAUAGAGAGUUUGUUCUUGAUCAAAUCACCUACAACAAGAACAACAACAACAUAGCCUUUUAUCCCAAGCGAGUUGGGGUAGGCAUCAUGAUCAAAUCACCUCUUGGGAAAAAAACCAAUCAAGAAAGGCGUUAACUGGCUGAGCAUAUGAAUCAAUCGACAAUCAAUCAGCUCACCAUUCCUGGCAGAACUUCAUGGUGGAACCUGGUGGAAGAGGAAAAAAGGGGCUGGAGAGGCAGCUUGUCGUGUCGUCGCAUCAGGUGAUUUUGUGUGGGGAGUUUUUGGUCUAUCGCUUUCCGGGAUUAGAGCACGCCCUGGUCGAUUGAUCCAUUCUAACCACGAGAAGAAGCAACCUUGAACCUUUGCUUCUACUGUGACAGCUACCACUUCAGCAUACUCAGGGUCUAAUCUGCAGAGCUGAAUUCAGCAAGGAGGUUCAGAGAAAGAACCAACGAGAUGAAUCCCGUCUCUGCAGUAGUUACUUAAUCAGUUCGAUGAAGCUUAUUCUGGCUUUCCAGCCCGGGACUUCUGCCAAGUGCCUGAAAUCUUGUGGAUCGAGUUGGCCUAUGAGCUGGGAAGGCUCUGACACAAUGUUCUUGUUUCUGAGUCAGAUGCAUGGACUACGAGCGGUGCUGAAUGACACAGGCAUGGCUUCAAGUCUUCAACAGGUCGGGUUAGGAACAAAAGUUCAGCAGCAGAAUUCGUGCUGUGUACUGUACGCAUAAACUUGAGGUUUGGUCACGCGAUGCGUGAGUUGCUCUGUAAAUUACACCUAGUUGAGAUUCUGAUCAGUUUUUACCUCACUUA